AUUUUAUUAGCGAGGUUUCUUUGGCCUUCUCUAACGUCAUCCUUGAACCAUCCUUCUUUCAUCAGCAACGGCCAUUUAUCUUCUCCCCAAAACCUACAGCAUCGUCUGCAGAUUCUGAUUUUGCAUUUUUCGUGUUUUCUUUGCCAUUUCUGGUUUAGUUGGUUUUGCUUCUCUUAACCUCUUGUUUUAGUUUCUAUUGAUCUCAUUUUUGCUAUUAUUUCUUCAUAUCUUCUCCGCAACUUUUUUUUGUUGAACGUUUGAACCAUGUCUGAACAACAUUCUCUGAACCCUUUUGAACAUACCGGUGCUGCUGAAAAUGCAGACACUACCCAAAACGCUGCUGAGCAACUCAUCCAGUCUCUGAACGCUGAUCAGCUCGCUACUUCCUCUAAGCACGACACUACUGCUACCAAGAAUGAAUCUGGUGCUGGUGGCGCUGCUUCUAAUCCCCAUUUCUCUGAACACGAGACUCCUGUUCCCAAAGAGGAGGAAAAAGCCACCGCUUGCCCAUUCUCUGGAGCCAAGGCCCCCUCUGCUGAUGGUCAUCAUUGCCCUGCCAUGGCUUGUGGUGGUCCUUUCACGAGCGAGUCUGAGCAAAGCGUCGAUCCUAAAGUUGCUUCUUCCUUAUGGCGUGUUCUCACUUGGAAGAAUACUUCUUGCAGCUUGUCCUCUUUGUUGAGCAUUCUCGCACUCUUCUUUGUCCCCUCCUGGAUUAACAUUCCCCGCUUGUUCUUCCGCACUAUUCGCUACGUCUUGUUGAUCACGUCCAUCAUUGAAUUUGGCGGUCAAUUUGCUUCUAGCGGUCGUCGUGGUGUUUUAUCCCCUUUCCGCACCAAAUAUGUCACUUGCAACACCAAAGCUAUCGACUGCUUCGUUAAUUGUACUGUUGAUAUCGCUAAUGUCCUUCUCAUCCAAUUCCAACGUGUCUUGUUUGCCGAAUGUCCUUUGCUAACUUUUGCAGUUGCCAUUGGCUCUUUCAUUGAAUACUUCCUUUCUGGUUUCCUCUCCUACAGAGGUCUCUUUAUUUGGAAUAUCAUUUUCGCUUUCACUCUUCCUAAAUUGUAUGAGAUGAAUGAAGCCUCCAUCAAGCGCAUGAUCAGCUCUCUUGAGCAACAACAGAACAAGCUUAAGCAUGACGCUGCUUCUGCCACCUCCUCUCAAAAGUAAACCAACUGUGACUGUGGCUUUGGCUUCGGCUUUUUUGAAGGAGAACCUUUUGUAAAAUGUUCUUUUUCCUUUUUGUUGUAUAAAAAGACAUUUGGUUCCUAUGUUUGUUUUUGUAAAAGACGGUUUGCUUUGUAACGAGAGUUUCCUGUUUAUUUCAUUUAUUUUUCGUCAUUCUAUCUAUGAAACGAACGAAUGAUGCUGACGCUUCUCUGAUCUUGUUGUCUAUCAGACAAUGAUGCCAAUUUAUUCAUGGUUUUUACUUUACAUAUCUACCUGAUUAUAUGAUAAAUAUACUUUUGUUAGUAAUCAACUAACUUAAUAGUGGGAAAAGCUUCUUCGUGAAGUCAUUUCAGAGUUCCUGCUUUUUGUCCAACAAGUUUGAUCCACCUUCCACCACCAGGUCGUAGACUUUGCAUUCAUCAAUAU